AUGCAGGAGUAUACAAGCUUGAUUGAAAUGGCUAACGAAAAUCAGAAAAAUUGUAUUAUCACGAGGAUCAAUCACUCUUUUUGUCUUUUAUGUGAUGAAUGUCUAAAAGAAAAUGAAACAAUUCAAUUGCAUAACGAAUGUAAUUCCCACAAAAGGAAUUUGGAAUUAAAUACACCCUUGGAAAAAUAUAAAGAUGACUGUAUCCGUCAGGUAAAGAAAGGAUUUUAUUGUGUAUCUUGUGACAUUUUGUUCGCAACAAAACAAGCAAUAAACCGGCAUGUGAAUGAAGUGACUCAUAUAAACAAUAAAGGACUGCUGCUGCUGAAGAAGGUUGAAAAUGGGGUGGUUGCAUUCAAUACUAUAUUUAUAGAAGAUAAAGCUUGGCAUGGUCUAAUUGACAACACUUGCAUCAUUUGCAACAUUGAUAUUCCAGAUGAAAACAGUCACAAAAAUAAUUCUUCACAUAUUUUCAAUUUAAUUCAAAAUAAACCGGAGUUUAAUGAAAACCAUGAAAUUUUUCGUAAGGUGGACGUUCAAUUUUAUAACUGCCUAGUAUGUAAUUCACUAGUCAGUAAGGACACAUUAUCCAAGCAUUUCAAAACAGACUUCCAUAUCGAAAAAUACACGAAAUGCAAGGAAUUAUAUAGCCAAUUGAAAACCAGUAAUCCAAAAAAUCUCAGUAAAAAUGAUGUCAUUGAUAAUAAAAAAAAUACUCCAACCACUGUACGAGAUACAUUAUUAAAGCAUAAAAUUGAGCUUAAUGCAAAUGAUAAAGGCACGCUAAAAAAUGAGGAAAGUGAUAAUAAAGAGAUUAUUAAAACAACAAUAAAUAAAGAGGAAACUGAUCCCAUUUACCUAUAUAAUGAAUCAAAAAAAGACAAUGCAAAAGACUCAUUAUCAAACAAAAUUGAAGAAAAUCAUAAAAAUAUAUCUACCAAGGUAGAGGACGAAAGUAUUGAGCAAGAACCAAGUCAAUCUAAACUUCAUGAACCUCGUGAAGCAAUAAAAAUUGCAUAUAAAUUUGCAAAAGAAAAUGGAUUGAAAUAUAGUCAUGGAAAGAGAAAUGCUUACUGUAAUGCUUGUGAUGAAAGAAUUUCAUCAUCCUUCAAAAAGAUGGAGGAUCAUGUUUCAAAUGCAGUGCACAAAGAAAAAUUUUUAAAAUCGCAGCAGAGAACCGUAACCAUACCACUGAAUGAAUUUAUAAAAACUGAAAUUCUAAUUGUAACUGAUUUUGAUGCAAAUUUUGUAAUAUUAAACAAAAGAUUUUGCAUAUUCUUUUCAAGUUUUCACAUGAUUACUCACAACGAAAAUACAGUAAGAUGUCAACUGUGCGAGACAAAUAUUGUGCUUUCAUUAGAAUUACACGCGGACACUCAACAUCACAGAACAUUAUUGAACAAAACUGAAGUAAUUGUUAGUUGGAAAAACGAAUUUAUAAGAAAGAUUCGCGACGGUAUCUAUCACUGUGGAUUUUGCAAUACAAUCGCGUCAACGUCGGAAGAGUUGCAAAGCCAUCUAAUGGCAAUAUCUCACGAAGAAACUAAAAAGCCUGCUUUUACACUUUUAAAUAAAUUUCUGAUUGAAAUAGAAAAUGAUAGAAGAAAAAGAGACAUGUUAGCUAUGAUGUUACUACAUACCAUGUUAUUACGAUGA